CUAAAUAACUUUGAUUUAUUCAGAGUUCCUUCUCUUGUGGAAGCCGUAGGAAAAGUGUUAACCACCGAGCUGAUUAUGGAUGUAGCAAUGAGUUUGUGUGAUUACCCUUUGAGACGCCUUCUGCGAUUGCGUACUCAGGCUCAACAAUCGGGUGUUGAUUUCUAUCACACAAUCUUGGUUAGAACUCCAAAAGACCAGAAGAUUGCGACUAUCAUGUCUAUUUUGGAGCUGGAACGAUUUAUAUUUUUGCUUAAUGAAAAGCAAAAUCUCAUAGAACUAGUGAAAGGAUGUCAAAAGGAACAGAAGGAUUACAUUGAACGAGCUUUAGAGACCAUUUGUGAAUCGCAACGAACUGAAACUGUGAAAGAGCUGGAGAAAUGUGGUCUGCUCGCGGUACCUCCGUACUUACCGAUCUGUACUCAAAAUAUCUUAGCUUUGCAUAUCUUUGAAUGUUUAACUAAGUAG